CCAGAUACGGCACUAGGAAGGUAAUAUUCAUGCAUGUCACUAUAUACCCUGCUAUACUGCUAUAGUAUGUGGCAUCCCCGCCACCCCCGCCUCCCACACUUAUCUCCACACCUCCUUACCCACGCAUCCCUGGCGCCGAAAUCAAGGAAAACGCCACUUAUCUAUAGUUCUGAGGGCAAAGCAGUGCUUCGAACCAUGUUUAGCUCAGUGCUGCAAAUAGUAUCAUGUACAGCGCCUAUAUGAGGUCAUCGGCUUCCAAUCUCUAUGGAAAUAGCAAAGGUUAAUAAUCUCUGAAGUCGAACACGGGAGCCAUUAGACACUAUCAAAUACGCGGACAGAUAUACACACAUCAUGGACUGGGCAAGGCAGAAGUGUUCCUCUUACUACGAUUCCAGCUGGCGCUGGAUCGAAGACACCUAUCUCGCCUACUUUGGAGAGAACAGGACGUCGUACGGCAUAAAAGAGUCACUGAAGAAGACAGAGGUCACAGGUGAUGAAAAUAUAGAUGGGAUUCAGCGCGGGGUUGGGGGAGCUGUGGGAGAUGUAUUUUCGAGUAAAGGGCCUGCAGGCGUGGUAGGAGAUGGUAUCGAUAAAGGCCUUCUGAGAGGCAACGUCUGAGGGAGCCUGUACAUGCAAGUUGGAUAUGAUAGUAGAUUGAUAGUUCACCAUUUGCUUCGAAUUUUCAAAUUCAUCGUUAUUUAAUAAGUUACCUACCUUAUAUCUAGCAUGAGGCUAUAAGAAUGAAAUACCA